UCUAACAAUGAUUAUCAAUGCUGUUAACUCAUUGCCACAAUGAAACAGGAUUUACAAGUUACAUGUUGGAGUAAAAAUUAACACAUCAAGCGCUCUUCAUAAUUCAAGGAUCCUUUAAUUUGAAUUGUCUUUUCAGUUUUUGUUCACAACAAAAUCCGGAAAAACGAAAAAACUCCGUUACCAUUUUGUAUUGCAGUACAUGUGUGGCUACGGUGGUGUUAGGUCCUGGUUUAGCAGAGUCUGGUGUUAGGUCCUGGUUUAACAGAGUCUGGUGUUAGGUCCUGGUUUAGCAGAGUGGUGAUGAUAAAUGACAUUAUGAGAAGAAGAAAUGGACCGUCUGCUGUGUGUAUUGCAUUGUGGUUAUUUAUAGCUUUGUUUGUUCUACAGUUCGUAAACUAUGAUUGGAACAUAUUGAAUUUCCAUUUGUUCAGUGAUGGUGAACCACACAUGGAGUUUAGGGGACCUAUCAAACCAUUUACAGACAAAUAUAACAUAGGACCGCCUCCAGUUGCGAAGAAUUUGCCAUAUUCCACACUUAAGCCACGCCCAUGGGAGAUGAAAGGAGAUACAAGCAAUGACUACAUCCAUCCACCGAGAGUUACAGAAGUUCAUUUAAGAAUAAUGGUUAUCACGUACAAUAGGGCGGAGUCUAUGCUUCGACUGUUGAAAUCUUUAAACAAUGUAGAUUACUUAGAUGACAGAGUUGUCUUAGAAGUUUGGGUCGAUAGGUCAAAGGAUGGCGUUAUAGAUAAGAAGACUUUUGACACAGCACGAAAUUUUUCUUUUGAAAAAGGUUUUAAAACUGUCCACCAACAGGAUAAGCAUGUUGGUAUAUAUGGACAAUGGAUUGAUACUUGGCAACCGACAGCUGAUAGUAAAGAAAUUGCUGUUAUCUUUGAAGAUGAUAUAACAGUGUCACCAUUUUUCUACCGUUAUUUGAAAAAGGUCCAUGCACGCUAUGACAAUAAACCAGAAGUAAAUGGUUUUUCUUUGCAAGGUAUCAGCAUAAAGCAUGGGGGAGCUGGCGGAAAUCUCCAUGCACCCGAUAAUCAUGUAGUCUUCUUGUAUCCCAUCGUUGGUUCCUGGGGAUUUUCACCGAAGAAAGAGAAUUGGAUAGGAUUUCAACGUUGGUUUGCAGAAGCACGUAAAAAUACAAGCUUUCAGCCUUAUGUUCCUGGUAUAUUACCAACAGGGUGGUAUAAAACCUUUUUAAAACAGGGGAAAACAGAUAGUAUGUGGACUAUGUGGCACAUUUUCUAUGCAUAUAGUAAAAAAGAACGGACGCUUUAUCCCAACUUCCCCAAGAAUGCUGGCAUGACCAUAAAUUGGAAGGAGAAAGGACUGCAUUAUGGAAAGACACUUAAAAAUACAGAUCCAUUAGUGAUGGAGUGGGAUCCCCGAUUAGACAAUCUUCCUGAAGAACCAAUACAUUUAGAUGCAAAUGGGAAGAUUGUAACAUCAUGAACAUAUUAAAAAGUGUACAUGUAUGAGGGUCUACAUGGAUUUUACAGAAUAGGGAAUAAUAAGGGAAAUAGAGAAGGGGCAAAAAUAUUAUGGAACGGGAAAAAAUAAAUAAAGGGUGCCAAAAUACAGUCUGCACCAAAAACUUCUAGUCCAAAGAUAAAUAUUCUGACAGUUUUCUUAUUGUAAAACCUUACUUUUCGAAGGAAAUUUUACCACUCUUGGGCAAUUUGGACUAGUGGCUAAAUGUGCCGACUGAAAAUAUCUAAAUAUAGAAAAAAAUAUAAAGUACAAUUAGGGGUCUGGUGGCAGGAAUAAAAAUCCCCGUAAAAAAAUAAAAAGAAAAAAUGAAGACCCCAUAUCCCAGACACUCAUAUAACUAUUGAUGUACAAAUUUACCAUGUAGUAUUCUUGUACAGCAUGUAAAGUUUAUUCAAUCAAGUAAAGGAUGAUAAAUAAUAUAUUAACAAAUGUACUUUAAUGAUGAACCUUCAUGCAUGUAAGAGUUUAACCUGGUAAGUUCACCAAUCGUGUGAUAAAUCAUCUUGAUGAAUUAAUAUUUUUCAGACAUUGUCUGUCAUGCCUGUAGACAAAUCAGGACAUUUUUUAAGUAUUUAAAUUCAUGUUUUAUGGUCAAUUAAUUGUGUUUUAAUUUUUCUCUUAUUCUAAACCCAAUUAAUACUGUUGAGUAUUGUCUUUAUAUUUUAUCACCCUAUUAUUCUCUAUUCAUUAUUGUUUUAGUCCCAUUUUUCUCUAUUCAGUUCUUAAUUUUUUUGGCACUUUAUAUUCUACACUUUUUGUAGAUUUUUCUUUAUUCACUCUUCUGUAAACCCCAUCCAGACCCUCAUGAUAUUUUCCCAUCAGAAUCUAAUGCAUCCUGGGUAAUAUUUUCAAAAAAUUACACCAAAACGUUGUGAUUGGUUAAAAAUGUCAUAUUCAAUGGAAAUUCAACCAAUGACGUGACUUUAUAUUCAUUGGGGGUAAGAACAAUGAAACUACCCAUGAUUCAUAAUAUUCUGAAACGGCCAAUUGUGUCUAGAGAAUAGAUAUCUCUCACUUGAUGCAGAGGUAGAAUAUAUACAUCACAAGCUUAACUACAACAAAUUUUUACAUCAAUUUAUCAAAUUGAAAUUAUAUCAUUGCUAAUAAUUGCUGUUUAAAAUUAUCUUUAUGAAAUCCAAAAAAUAUUGCUUAGGGCUACAUCAUUAACUACAGCAUUUUAUUGUAAGUAUAUUUUUCUUGAAGUUACAGUAUUGGUAUUUGUUUGUUUAUUGUCUCGUUUGUUUUGUGGUUUUUUUAGAUUUGUAGUUAAGUUUCCAAGAAGUGGUCAGUUUCUGACAUGUCUGAAGUGGCUAAUUAAUAAUGUUUUGCUCUGAUCAAAAAUGAAAUCAGUCUUUUAUUUGCAAUUUUUUCAUUUACUGUUAGUUUUCUAUAACAGUAUCUGAUAUUUCCUGUAUACUUUUAUGUUAUAACAGUACUUGCAUGUAGAUCUAGAGUUUUUAUAUGUUAUCAUGGUAAUGGUUUUAAAACAAGAGACAAAAUUUGUGUGUUUCAAAUAUUUGUUGAAGUUUUUUUUAAAGUAUUUUGAUUCUCAAAUUAUUGAUAGAAACAAACAGUAACAUACAUGUACUAUUGUUUUUUUUUGGUAUAUUGGGCAAUAAAAUAAUGAUUUGCAAAAGAAUGUUGAAAUUAAUUUCAUUUUUUUUAAUAGUAAUUUUAUGAUUUGAGAUUUAUUUUAAUGCAUAAUUAUUUUUUUUAUGAUAAUAUUACCAACUUUGGCUUGUUUCCAUUAGUGAAAUUAGACAUACUCCAAUAUAAUUACCAAUAUAUACAGUAUUUAUGAACAAACAGAUUAUUUCUUCAAAAUCUUCUUGCCAGUAUAUAUUGUGCCAUUGUAGAUUCGUUUAUUUCCGUGGGUAUGAAUUUUUGUCAAUUUAUGAAAACAUGCAUUUUUGUGGAAAUUUGAUUCCAUGGUUUUGCCAAUCUGUGCAUACUAAACUAAAACAAAAUUUGUAAUUUGUUUAACAUUUGAAACAAGGUUGACCUGUACUCUCAAAACCAAAAUAAGUAUCUACCAAAAAUAAUGGAUCCACUUUAAAUACUACAUUGUGGGUUUUUAAAUGUUUGCAAGGCUCUACAUUAAGCAUAGAACAAACUUAUUCCACAUUGCGUUAUUAGUAAAAUGUGUGAGUGGAAAAUUGUUUGCUGUAUUGUAAAUAACAUUGUUACUGGUAUAAGUACUACAAAAUUGAUAUGUGGUUUAUUUUUAUAUUGUGUAUCGUAUUCAUGUUUUCAUUUGCUUUUGUCAUUUUGUCAUUCCAUUUUAACUUAUCAUUGUUAUCGCUACAUGGGUGAUUCCAACAAUUGUUAAAAAAAGGGAGGGGGGUGCAACCAUAUAAGCAUUGAUCAUGUUGAUCGUAAAAAAAGGAGGGUUCCAUGGCCCAUUCCAACCCUUGGAUCCACCACUGCUCUUUAACACAUUCCUCAUUUCCAUUCUCAAUUUCAUUAUUCUUAGAUUUUAGAGUGUAUGUAUUAAUUUUCUUAUAAAUGAUUAUUAUUACAUAAUCCCCAAUGGCUACCAUAAAUGCUUGGUGUUUAAAAUAUUUUGAAUCUCUGUAAGAUUUCUUUUAAAGUUUGUUUCAAUACUCCUAAAACUGUUAAGAAUGCAUUUCUAUAUCAUUAGGUGUAACCUAACUCAUUCUAUUAUUGAUUAUCAUGUUUAUUGCAAUAUAUUGAAUAUUCUUUCCAACUUUUAUUUUUCCUGAGUAUACAUUUUUUGUUUCAAACUUCUGCAUGUAUAUUGAUAGAAAAUUUGUAUUUCUCUAAUGGAGAGUUGUUUAAAAAAAAAGACUCAUUGACAAUCAUACCAUAUUUUCUAUAGUGUAUUGAGUAAACUGUAGGAAUUUUACAUCAAACAUUUAUUUAUCAAUUCAAAGACUUAAUUUAUAUAGUUUAAGAUCUAGAGUUAGCUCCCCUUUUUGCACAAAUAUUUUGCUGAUUUAUAAUUGGUUGAUUUGGACAGUUGGAAAUAAAAUCUCAUUUAUGCAUAAUUGUGUAUAUCUUUACCUGUAUUUCACUUUGUAUGUGCCACAUAGGGACAAACACUCUGUCAGUCUGCCCUGCUUCAGGUUAAAGUGUUUGGUCAAGGGUUGUUUUUGAUGAAGAUUAAGUCCAAUCAACUUGAAACUAUAAAGUAUAUCCUUUUUUAAGAUAAGACAUUCUAAUUUUAAUGCCAAUCUAGAGGUUGUUUCUGAUUUUACACUCCAAUGAACAUACCAUAGAAAAUGAUAGAUUGAGUAGGGCAUCCACAUACUUAUGUACAGUACACAUUCUUGUUUUACAUAAUGUUUGUCCUGUUUUUAGAACAAUCACCUAGGGGCUAGGAUCAAUCAUAUUUUCAGUUUAUAUUUUAUUGUGGAAUUUUUCUAUGUAGCAGUGCAUCAUGAUUUAAACUAUAAUGUAACCUUGAUCAUGUUCAUGUAUUACCAAAUAUUUGUCUUUUAUUUAUAUACAAUGUAAUUUAACAUAUUCUUAUUACCUAAAAUAAUUUUUAAUUUAUAUUUUUUGUCAAUUGAAUCGGUCAGGUUAAACUAGAGAGCUUUAAGCAUGUACUUCAUUGAGAUUUUGGAUUUUUUUGGAAUUGAUAAAUCUAUUUGGCCUUUUUGACUUUUUUGCAUUCUAGCAUCACUGAUGAGUCUUUUGUAGACGAAACACGCUUCUGGCGUAUACUAAAUUUAGUCCUGGUAUCUAUGAUGAGUUUAUUUAAGAACAAUUCAUGGCUAUUUGAAAUUUUAUGAUAAAGUUGAAAUUCAAGGCCAUAUUAGCCUUAAUUGAACCUUCAAGUUGUUCUUUCAAAAGAAAUACAGCAGUUAAAGUCAAAUUUUCUAUACAUUGAGAUUAUAUUCAUAUUUUAUACUAUUAAAGUAUGUAUGUUAACAUGAGAUUUUAAAGUACUGCAGAUAUUGGUUAUGAAUUGUUACUAUGUUUUAAAACAAAAAUUUAUUAAAAGAUAUUUUAUGUGA